AUGGCCCAAUAUUCCGUCGCGAACUCUUCGACAUCGCCUACAAAUCCUGGAUAUCCAUCGAGGAGAAUGCUCCAGAGAAUAAGGUAUCUUCAGAACAGGAGAGCUCUCGCCUCAGGCGGUUCUUGGACACCAAAGCUGUCAGUUGCCGACAUAUACGGAAUCAAGCGGGAGACAUCGUUAUCCAGGGAUGAUUACAUGGAAGAGGUUGACAAGCAGACAUACAAUGAUUGGGAAGCAUCAGACAUCCACCAUCGCCUGGUAGCAUUUCUAGAGGAGCACGCCGGAACCACCACGCAAGUCGAUCAAAUCAUCUGCUUCGGCCUCGUCAGCCCCGUCUCAAGCCGCCAUCCUAGAAUACUGCGCCGCGCAUACACACAGCACCUAGCCGCAUGUACCAUACGCGACCUCUUCGCACGGCAUCAAAACAGCCCUGCGCCCAAAAUUCUUGCACAGGACCCUCGCUACACACCAAUCGAUAUGGCAUACCUAUCCACGCACUUCUCCACAACCACCCUCCCCGACCCCGAAGCCUUCCGCGCACUCAACGGCACCACGUUUGUCAUCAGUAUUUCACCCGACGUACCCGUUCGGCAGGUCGCGCUUGGCAUGACGCAUGAUUCAGGCGGGCCGGCGGGAUUUCUUUGCUGCGCGAUUGAGGAUAACGGGCUCGGGUGUAAGAGUGUGACUAUGCAGAAUGGAGAGGAGGUGUUUCGUUUCACGGAUAACUCGAGUCCGGGGUUGUGGGAAUUCAAGCAGAAGGGAGUGUGGGCUGAGUGGGAUGAUUUGGAGGGAGGGGAGGGUAGAGGAUUGUUUUGGGAGUGUGGGGUGUUAUUUGAAGAGGAAGUGAGAAUGGGUUUGCUGUGGAACUAUUGGCACGGAUCAAGGGAUUAG